AUGUCGCAAGCAGCGGCAGUGACACCCGAGAGGCGCAAACAAGUGCUCAAGGUGCUCUUCAUUUCUCUGCUGCUUGACCUGAUCUCCUUCACCUUUAUCCUCCCUCUGUUUCCCAAGCUUCUCGAGUUCUACCGCGCCGUAGAUGUAUCCGUCACUUCAUCAUCGUCGAGCCCGACACUUCUCUCGCGUGUUCUGGGCCUCCUCAAUGCAUACAAGAACACCUUCGCCAAGCCAAUCAACGAUCGGUACGACAUCGUCCUGCUAGGCGGAGCACUGGGCUCGCUCUUUUCCUUCUGCCAGGCCAUUGCAUCGCCCGUCAUCGGCCGCCUGUCUGAUCGCUAUGGCCGUCGUACUGCUCUGCUGUGGAGCAUGGUCGGAAACAUCCUGAGUGUCGCUCUCUGGGUCGCUGCGACCGACUUCCGCACUUUCCUCGCCAGCCGCGUCGUUGGUGGAUUGAGCGAGGGUAACGUCCAAUUGGCCAUGGCGAUUGCUACCGACAUCAGCGACGACAAGCAGCGUGGUGCCACCAUGGCUCUCGUUGGCGCUUGCUUCAGUAUCGCCUUUACCUUCGGCCCUGCCCUGGGUGCUGCCCUCUCCACCGUCACCAUCGUCCAGAGCAACCCCUUUGCUACUGCGGCAGGCUUUUCGCUCUUCCUCAUCGUCACCGAGACUCUAUACCUCUACUUUUACCUGCCAGAGACCCACAUCGUCAGCUCCACCUCCAGGAAAGAGAAGAAGACGGAUGAUUUCAAGAAAACAACAGCUCGACGCACAAACUCGCAUGCUCUGCUCAACUUCACCCAUCUGGCUUUUAUCCUCUUUUUCAGCGGCAUGGAGUUUUCACUGCCUUUCAUGACCUAUGAUCUUUUCAACUACGGCAGCAAACACACCGGUCGCCUCCUCGGCUUCAUUGGUAUCAUUGCUUCUGUACUUCAGGGUACUGUGACUCGUCGUUUGCACCCUCUUCGUGUGGUUCAGUUGGGUGUCGUAUCAUGCCUUUUCGCUUUCAUCCUUCUUGCUCGUCUGACCACCGAGGCUCAACUCUACGGUGCCGCUGCUUUGCUCGCCGUAACCAGCGCCACUGUUGUGACCGGUCUUAACAGCCUGAGCAGUUUCGAAGCAGAUGCGUCUGAGCGCGGCAACAAACUUGGGAAUCACAGGUCUUUUGGCCAAAUAGGCCGCACUCUUGGUCCUCUUUCUUUCUGCUCCCUGUAUUGGUGGGCUGGUCGUGACGUCGCAUAUGCUGUAGGUGCUACAGGCAUGCUCGGAGUUGUCGCGCUUGCAUUUGGUGGUCUGCGUAAGCCCAUACAAGCCUGA